AUGGCUAUGAUGGACAAACACAAUCUAACGAUAUUGAGUGAAUUCAUUCUAAUGAGAAUCACAGAAGUUCCUGAACUUCAGCCUCCAUUCUUUGGGCUUUUCCUUACUGUUUACAUGGUCGCAGUGGUGGGUAACCUGGGCCUGAUGAUCCUUACCAAGCUAGACCCUUGGCUGCAAACACCCAUGUACUUUUUCCUCAGACACCUGGCUUUCACUGAUCUUGGUUUUUCAACAGCUGUAGGACCCAAAAUGCUAGCAAAUUUUGCUGUUGAUCAACCUACAAUUUCCUAUAAUUGGUGUGCUACCCAGCUCACUUUCUUUAGUAUGUUUAUCACUAGCGAACUUUUCAUUCUGUCAGCGAUGGCUUAUGACCGCUAUGUGGCCAUCUGUCAACCUCUGCUCUACACGGUCAUCAUGUCACAAAGAUUGUGUCAGUUGCUGGUGGCAGUACCCUAUGUAUACAGUGUAUUUCUGUCCUUGUUGACUAUCAUAAAAAUUUUCAUUUCAUCAUUUUGCAGCUAUAAUGUCAUCAGGCACUUCUACUGUGAUAGUCUCCCAUUGAUAUCUCUGCUCUGCUCAGACACCCGUGAAAUUAAAUUGAUAAUUCUGAUCUUUUCAGCUUUUAAUUUGGUGUCAUCUCUUCUGAUAGUUCUUGAGUCUUACAUGCUGAUCCUUAUUGCCAUAUUCAGGAUGAACUCUGUAGAAGGCAGGCACAAGGCUUUCUCUACCUGCGGAUCCCACCUGACAGUGGUAGUCAUAUUCUAUGGCACACUCUUCUUUAUGUAUGUGACACCCAAAUCCAGUGAUUCCUUCGAUACUGAUAAAUUGGCCUCUUUAUUUUACACUUUGGUAAUACCCAUGCUGAAUCCCAUGAUCUACAGUUUGAGGAACAAAGAGGUGAAAAAUUCCCUGCAUAGAACCUGGAGAAUGCUGGCAAAUAUUGGACUUAAAGUUUGCUGUAAGAUAUGCUAA